AGAGUCAUUCUUGAUUUCCAUCUUCAAAGUUAAAGCUUAAAGUCGCAGCACUGGACAACUUGUCGUUUUGUCAAGUCGAGCCUAGGUGAAUCGGUUGCCGCUUUCAUAUAUUUCGCUCAGUUGACAGCUUGCUACCACAGCUUUGACGUACUGCCAUCGUGAUAGGAUCUGCAUCGGGACGCCGGACACAGAUUAAAUUGUGCCGCCGUUUGACUGUCGGUCGUGGCAGGAUCCAACAACAUCAUGACCUUCCCCGACACUGACAUUCGCAAGGUAUCCAUUCUUGGGAAGGAAUGCAUUCAUUGUGGUUUCCACCUCGUACCGUACAUCGCCAAUACCGUCAUUGAGACAUUGCCCUCUUCCACUUAUGUCUUGAUCACUGACACCAACGUAGGCAAUCUUCAUCUGCCCCUGUUCGAAUCCGAAUUCGAAACGAGACUCUCGACGUUGGCAUCGAGCCCCAAACCAAGACUCCUCACUUAUGUCGUUCCCCCCGGAGAGACAAGCAAAAGCCGUGAGGGCAAGGCUGAGAUCGAGGACUUCCUAUUGUUGCACAAAUGUACGAGGGAUACUGUCAUCCUAGCUGUUGGAGGAGGUGUUAUUGGAGAUCUGGUUGGCUUCGUCGCUGCAACAUUCAUGCGUGGAGUGCGAUUCGUGCAGAUCCCAACUACUCUGCUUGCAAUGGUUGAUUCUAGUGUGGGUGGAAAGACUGCCAUAGAUACUCCCCAUGGCAAGAAUCUCAUUGGUGCCUUCUGGCAACCGGAGUACAUCUUCAUUGAUGCAGCUUUCCUCGAGUCACUUCCUGCCCGAGAAUUUUCAAAUGGAAUGGCUGAAGUCAUCAAGACCGCCGCCAUCUGGGACGAGAAAGACUUCGCCUCGCUCGAAUCACGUUCUUCAGAAAUAUUCGCAGCCAUUCAAAACCCUUCUGCCUCUUUUGCCGGGCGGACUUCAGAUACUCGGUCUUCUGCUCAAGAGCUCCUACUCUCAAUCAUUUUUGGGUCAAUCUCUGUCAAGGCUCACAUCGUCACUAUUGACGAGCGCGAAACUGGCCUCCGCAAUCUAGUCAACUUUGGGCAUACUAUUGGACAUGCAAUUGAGGCCAUCUUAACUCCCACAAUUCUACACGGAGAAUGCGUCAGCAUCGGCAUGGUGCUUGAAGCUGAGGUCGCGAGGGGUCUGGCUAUCCUUGGCCAAGUUGCUGUCGGACGACUUACACGGUGUCUCAGAGCUUAUAAUUUACCAGUUUCCCUUUCGGACCCGAAGAUUGCUAGCCUUCCUGCCUCCAGGUCUCUUACGGUGGAGAAGUUGUUGGAUAUCAUGAAGGUUGACAAGAAGAACAGUGGUCCUCAAAAGAAGAUCGUCAUUCUGUCUAGAAUUGGCGCCACGUACGAGCAGAAGGCGACUGUGGUCGAUGAUAGUGUCAUCGCAAAGACCUUAUCCGAAGCUGUAAAGGUGAUCUUUGGAACUCCCUCGAAGAGUCCCGUACGGAUGGCUACGCCAGGAUCCAAGAGUAUCUCCAAUCGUGCCUUGCUGUUGGCCGCUCUUGGGAGGGGAACCUGUCGUCUGAAGAAUCUCUUGCAUUCUGAUGAUACACAAGUCAUGAUGAAUGCUCUCGUAGAGCUCAAGGGGGCCAAAUUCUCCUGGGAAGAAGGUGGCGAAACACUUGUCGUUGAUGGUGGAGCUGGAACACUCUCUGUACCGGAACAAGGAAAAGAGAUCUACCUUGGAAACGCCGGAACAGCAGCUCGAUUCCUGACCACAGUAUGUACGCUAGUCAGGUCAUCGCUCGCUGACGAGCGUACGGUCAUUACUGGAAACGCGCGCAUGAAGCAGCGACCAAUCGGGCCUCUUGUAGAUGCCUUGCGAGCCAAUGGUAGUGCCAUCGACUACGUUGAGUCACAAGGCUGCUUGCCUCUGUCUAUCGCGCCAACUGGUUUGAAGGGGUCUCGUAUCCAGCUCGCUGCAAGCGUUUCAAGUCAAUACGUCUCCUCCAUCCUUCUUUGUGCUCCUUACGCUGAGGAACCGGUCACUUUGGAGUUAAUGGGCGGUGUCGUCAUCUCUCAACCUUACAUCGACAUGACUAUCGCCAUGAUGAAGACUUUUGGCGUGGAUGUAGUGCGAGAACGCGACCGAUCCGGCAAGUUGUUGAACAUUUACCGGAUUCCCAAAGGCCCGUACGUGAACCCUAAGGAGUACGCCAUCGAGAGUGAUGCCAGCAGUGCGACCUAUCCUCUGGCUAUUGCUGCCAUCACCGGCACGGAAUGCACAAUUGCCAACAUUGGAUCUGCGUCCCUCCAAGGAGACGCCAGGUUUGCGAAGGACGUUCUCGAGCCGAUGGGUUGUGAAGUCGUUCAAACUGAAACCGAAACUACGGUUAGAGGUCCGCCUGUAGGGUCUUUGAAGGCCCUCGGACUGGUUGAUAUGGAACUGAUGACGGAUGCGUUCUUGACUGCCAGCGUGCUAGCUGCUGUAGCUAACAAUGCGCCGCUAAAAGGACGCGCGCUUCCCGAUGGAAGCACUCUCACCGCUACCCGAAUCGUUGGGAUUGCCAAUCAGAGGGUGAAGGAAUGUAAUCGUAUUCGGGCCAUGAUGGACCAACUCGCCAAAUUUGGCGUCGAGACUAGGGAACUGGAUGACGGGCUAGAAAUCUACGGCAAGCCAAUGAUAGAACUCAAAGAAGGUGUCAGCGUCCACUGCUAUGACGAUCAUCGAGUCGCAAUGGCUUUCAGUGUUCUUGGAUCAGUGGUCAAGGACACUAUCAUCGAGGAGAAGCGGUGUGUGGAGAAAACGUGGCCUAAUUGGUGGGAUGAUCUGGAAAACAAGAUUGGUCUGAAAGUUGAAGGUGUUGACUUAGCAAGUGUCGACGUCUCAGCCUCGUACAGCGGAAUGGAAAGUCCAGCUGAGUCGGCCUCGGUCGUCAUCAUCGGGAUGCGUGGUUCAGGCAAGACAUUCAUCGGGCGGCUUGCAGCCACCGCUCUCGGAUGGACCUUCUUCGAUGCCGAUCCUGUCUUCGAGCAACGACACCAGAUCAGUGUUCGCGAAUUUGUGCGAAAACAUGGCUGGGCCGCUUUCCGUGCUGCAGAGACGAAGGUUUUGAAGAAUCUGUUGGAGGCUCACCCAACUGGACACGUCAUCAGCCUCGGUGGGGGCAUCGUGGAAACGCCAGCUGCUAAGGAUCUUUUGAAGCAGUACGCGAAAAGGGGACCCGUCGUCCACGUUGUCCGCGAAGUCGAUCAAGUCCUGCAAUACCUCGGCGAGGAAACUGCACGACCUGCUUACGGCGAACCAAUUGUCGAUGUUUUCCGUCGCCGCGAGCCAUGGUUCGCUGAAUGUCGUACCCACGAGUUCAUCAACUACACUGGCGUGCUGAACGGCAUCGAUUCUCGUCCUGCUGAAAGUGUCAGGCGAGACGUAGCGAGAUUCUUUAAACAUAUCACUGGUCAAGAACCUAAUCUCGCUCCCAACCUGGCUGACGACAAGAGAUCCUACUUCUUGUCAUUGACAUAUGCCGACGUUACUCCAGCUUUACCCCAGAUGGAAGAAUUGACAGCUGGUGCGGAUGCGAUUGAACUCCGUGUCGAUCUCUUGCGCUCUCCCAAGGAUUUCGAUAAAAUUGGGCCUUACGUCCCACCUGUCACCUAUGUCUCUGAGCAGAUAGCGUCUCUUCGCCAAAAGACCUCACUGCCCAUCGUCUUCACUGUGAGGACCGUCUCACAGGGUGGAAAUUUCCCAGACCAUGCUGAAAAAGAAGCAUUCGAGCUCUUCUACGCUGCUUUGCGUCUCGGUAUAGAGUACAUCGACGUCGAGAUCUCAUGGCCAAGCAAGCGCAUCAAAGAGUUCGUCACUCAUAAAGGCUAUUCGCAAGUCAUCGCGUCCUGGCAUGACUGGAGCGGGAAACUGAAAUGGACUGGACAUCUAGUGGAGGACAUUUAUCAAAAGGCUGCUAGUUUUGGCGACAUCGUAAAGAUCGUCAGCAAGGCUAAUUCGAUCCAAGAUAACUUCGCCCUUUACAACUUCGUCACACAUAAGCGUCUCACCACGUUGGCGAAACCCGUUAUCGCUAUCAAUAUGGGUAUUGAGGGUCAAAUGUCUCGUGUACUAAAUCCUACUUUCAGCCCUGUUACACAUCCCCUCCUGCCCAACAAGGCAGCUCCAGGUCAAUUGUCCUUCGCUGAAAUUCAGACUGCUCUACACCUCAUUGGACAGUUGCCCUCAUUGCGGUUCUUCUUGUUUGGCACGCCGAUCGCGCAUUCAAUGUCCCCAACCCUUCACAACACUGCUUUCCGCAUCCUCAGCUUGCCCCACAAGUACGAGUUGCUCGAGACGACAUCUGUCGGACAGGAAAUCAAAGCUACGAUUACCGCACCCGAUUUCGGCGGAGCAUCCGUCACUAUUCCUUUCAAGCUUGAUGUGAUUCCUUUACUUGACUCUCUUUCGCCAGAUGCAGAAGUGAUCGGAGCUGUCAACACUAUCAUCCCUAGAAGGACACCUGAAGGACUCCACACUUUGUACGGUGACAAUACCGAUUGGCUUGGAAUACGCAACUGCAUCCAGUCUCGUCUGCCGGCCACCCUGCAUAAGCCAGAGGUUGCUCUGGUCAUCGGUGCGGGUGGGACUUCUCGGGCAGCCAUAUAUGCUCUGUACAAGCUCGGAGUAAAGAAGAUCUAUAUCUUUAAUCGUACAAAGACUAGUGCCGAGGUUCUUGUCGAUGCAUUCUCCAAUCUCGCAGACAUCCACAUCGUGCCCGUUCUUGGAGAAUGGCCAGGAAAUCCACCUUCAGUUAUUGUCUCAACGGUUCCAGCCAGUGCGACGACUUUUGACCCGUCGGCUUCGGAAGGACUCUACCUUCCUAACGAGCUCUUCGAUAACGAACACGGCGGGGUUGUGGUCGAUAUGGCGUAUAAACCAGCCGACACUCCGUUGUUAACUCUCGCUGCCAGAUAUGCAAAAAUUUGGGAAGUAGUGAGAGGUCUCGACGUGCUGCUGGAGCAAGGAUAUGCGCAGUUUCACAUGUGGACUGGCAGGCAAUGUCCUAGGAGAGCGGUUGCAGAUGCUGUGUGGAAAGCAUACAGGAUGUCCUAGAUCCUUGACAUCAUUUCUGCACGUUAAAGGUUUGUAGAGUGUCGUAUCUACACUGUGUCACGACUGGAAUUGAACUUCACUUUCUGUGUGUCUCACGUUCUCACUGUUGAGAAUCAGUAUCAUCAUAUAUACCCUUUGCUUCAACCUCGUCGCUGCAGAGUGACAAUACUGAAGAUGAUGAGCUUCGGAGUGGCAGAGCAGAUUGAUUCGGAAUGCUUAGUCGAAUAUUAUUCCUUACUGGUCUCUAACCCAGCCGCUCCUGCACCCCACCAAUGCCAAUUCCUCACCU